GCCACUCAACUUCACGUGAACGUUUGUAAUAUGUUUAUGUUACGCAUGCACACAAAGGCAUUUCUCCGACCUCCGUUCUCCUCGACAUUUCCGAACGUAAACAGAUAAGAAAGUGAGAUUCGUUGUCUAGUCACAGUAUAAGUACUGUACAGUGUACUCUAGAGCGUUCGGCUAUUAUUGUGCUCUCGAGAGUCGAGAGACAAGCCUUUCUGCGUCGCAAGGUACUUAAUGAGAGGCGCAACAAAAAUGUCUAACGUUAGGAAUAGUGUACUUCUAAUAUUCUGUGGGAUAUGUUGCACAGUGGCACUUGCCAAAGAAAGUUUGAAAGCUCCGACAUUUAGUAGAACAUAUACGGCGAAAGGAACAUUAUAUAUACCAUAUGCAGAAAUUCGAGAGCCUUUUUAUGCAUGGUACAAUGGCAACAGUGGAUCUAGCAGAAUUGAUUAUUAUGGAGGGAUGGUUAAAACCUUUCAAUUGGCUCACAAAGGAAAAUAUGGAGCCAGUAUAAAAUUAGCGCCUGUUACCACAGAGACUGCUAGUAAUGAAGAAACAUGUCUUCAAGUAAAUGGUACUAAUGAUUUAAAAAUACAACCGCAGUCUAUUAUUCCAGAUGCAUCUGAAAUGGAGUGUAUUGGAGAAGAGAUGAUCAAUGGAUUAUUGUGUGAGAAAUGGCGACUUGUACAAGAAAUUGGGGAAAAAACAAAUAAAUACACUCUCUGGAUACGUUACAAGAAAUCACCAUAUCUGCCAAAAGUCAAGGAGCCUAUUCCUGUGAGGUAUGAAAUGAGAGGAUUUAAUAGUCUCUUAGGUUCACAUUAUGAUCAUUAUUACCUGGAAUAUGAUUGGUAUUCCUUUGACAAACCUUCUGAUGAUGUCUUUAAAAUCAUAGAAGAUGCUAAGUGCGUCAGCUUCCCAGGCCCGGGUGAAAAUCACAUAUACACCUUUAACCCAAUGCGCGAAUUCAUUCAUAAUUAUGAGGAUCAUUUACAUCAAGCAUUUGACACAUUUAAAAAGACUCACAAUAAAAAUUACAAGGAUGACUUGGAUCAUAUGUAUCGCAAGGACUUAUUUAGACAAAAUAUAAGAUUUAUCCAUUCUACAAACCGUGCCAAUUUGGGUUAUCAGUUAAAUGUUAAUCAUUUGGUGGAUCGUAGCGAUCUCGAAUUGAAGGCUUUACGAGGCAAACUAUACACUCCAGGUUACAAUGGUGGAGCACCAUUCCCGCAUGAUAUCGAAAAGGAAAUCAAAGAUGUUCCCGAUAGCAUAGAUUGGAGGCUUUAUGGCGCUGUAACGCCAGUUAAAGAUCAGUCCGUUUGCGGUUCUUGUUGGAGUUUUGGUAGUACUGGUGCGGUAGAAGGUGCCUAUUACAUGAAGCAUAACAAGUUAGUACGUCUGUCUCAACAGGCUCUCAUCGACUGUUCAUGGGGAUUUGGUAAUAAUGGAUGUGACGGUGGAGAAGAUUUUCGUUCAUAUCAGUGGAUAAUGAAACAUGGUGGUUUACCUACUGAAGAGGAUUACGGUGGUUACUUGGGACAGGAUGGGUACUGUCAUAUAAACAACGUAACAUUGACAGCUAAGAUCACAGGUUUCGUUAACGUCACUCCACGCAAUGUAGAAGCUUUGAAAAUCGCCAUUGCUAAACAUGGUCCUAUUUCUGUUGCUAUCGAUGCCUCCCACAAGACAUUCUCUUUUUACUCUCGUGGAGUGUAUUACGAUCCAGCUUGUGGUAAUACCGAGGAUAAAUUAGAUCAUGCUGUUUUGGCUGUUGGAUAUGGCACCAUGAAUGGAACGGGUUAUUGGCUAGUAAAGAAUUCUUGGUCGAAUUACUGGGGCAACGACGGAUAUAUUUUAAUGGCUCAAAAGGAUGACAAUUGCGGAGUUCUUCUUGCCCCCACAUAUGUUACUAUGUAACUGUAGUUCUAUUUCUAAGAAUUGGUUGUAUCAUUUAAGCUCUCUAAUACUUCCAAUGAGCAAAUACACACUCAAAUACAAUUUAAAAAAUGUAGGUUCUGUAUAAAAUAUAUUUAGUUGUUUAGCAUA